AUGUUGGCAUCAUUUCACUAUCUGUUAACGUGUGCCGCCAAUGAACUAGGAAUGCUUGAAGAUGCUACAGAAGCAAUAUUAAAUUUACGUAAUGUACAAGUAAGAUUUGUACCAUCCAAAUCUGAUCAACAACAACUUCAACCAAAAUUUUUUGGUACCAGAUUCUAUUGUAAAGUUGUGAUACCAUUACCCGAUCAUAUGUUUUCUCGUUUACCUGUGAAUGGUGCGAGUAUUCGUAUAAUACCAAUAUUUUUUAAUGUUGGAAUUGAUCAUCAUGCCUCGAUCGCUCGAAUGUUUGGUCCAUUUUCUACUUCGGCAUUCGAAAAUGUACUCAAUCGAGACAGUUUUAAUAAACUGAAAGCAUACGUCGAAGAAAGUGCAAAAUAUUUGCCAGACGAUAUUCCGGAUAUGUUACGAUCACUCAAAAAUGCUGUAUUUUCAAAUAAACCGAAAAAUGUGGACAUUUUUGCUUAUUCUGAAAAUAUUUGUCGUCGUGCUUUUGGAAUAAAAGUAACCGGUUGCAAAAGCGCAAAAGAUCGUACAUCAAUGGCAUUUACUGUAGAACAAGCACAAUUAUUAAUUGAUAAUCAUGAAGUACCGUCUAAAUAUAAUCAACACGUUUUAAAUGAAUUUCGAAGUAAUGGAACAUCGAUAGAAAAUGCUUAUCAGAACACGGGUAUCAGAGCGUACGCAUUCUCUUAUCUUCAAUUAUUAACAUUUCCUGAGCUUUAUCGUGCUCAACCGGGUACUUAUGGAAAUGUUCAAACAUAA